GCUUGUUGUGAGUUCUGUAAAGGCAAAACAAAUAAGAGAAAUUUUAUCUUAAAUCAACAUUUAUCUUCCAUUGCAUUAAACAGGCAAAAUGCUCUCCCGUUUAUUAAAAGAACACCAAGCUAAACAAAACGAAAGGAAAGAGUUACAAGUAAUAAAAUGGUUUUAUUGGGUGCAGAGAGGCGGAGGCGAGAGGCCAUAGCAGCUACAACAUGUUUAACAGAGGCUUUGGUGGACCAUCUUAAUGUCGGGGUGGCGCAGGCCUAUGUCAAUCAACGCAAGCUGGACCAUGAGGUGAAGACUUUGCAGGUGCAGGCCAGUCAGUUUGCCAAGCAGACGGCCCAGUGGAUCGGCAUGGUGGAGAACUUCAACCAGGCCUUAAAGGAAAUUGGAGACGUGGAAAACUGGGCGCGAAGUAUCGAGAUGGACAUGAGGACAAUCGCGACAGCUUUGGAGUAUGUGCACAAAGGCCCGGUUCAGCCUGCGACCUCCUGAGCAAAUGGACUUUACUUGUGGAAAGUGAAUGGUCCGAUAUGGAGAGAAGGACACUUUUUAUUCCAUCUCAUUUAUGUGAGCAAAGAACUGCUAAAACAGCUGUUUGUUUCUGAAAUAUUGGUUUGUUUUUUAUGUUAGUUUUCUAAAAUAUGAUUGUGACAAGGAGGAGGGCGUGGCCGGGCCAAGAUGGUGCACGGCCGGCACUGAAUCAGUGAGAGAGCGAGAUAAAGGGGAGCCGGGGAUGCCAGUUCGAGAGAGAGAGAGAAACGCAUGCAGCCACGUUUCAUGUGUGUUUGUUUUAUGUUGUUUUAAGUUUGUGUUUUGACAUUAAACUUACGUUUACUAUUCA